AUGCGUCUCCACGAGAAAUUCGGUCAUGUCUUAACAUUGGCAACACUGGUCAAUGCCAUACCAUCGAAAUCCGGACAUACCAGUGAGCCCUCAUGUCGCUUCGCGCACCACCAUUCCCAAAAGCAGAACCUCCAGUAUUCUACUUCCUUCAUCAAUGACAUGCUGUAUUGGGAGGGCAAGUUCCAUCAGAACAAUAUCUCAUACAACAGCAACAACGGUAUCUCCUACGAUGGCAGUAACAUUGACUGGGUGACCGGGGAGGCAACAGAAAAGCACACGUUCAGUGCUGCUAGCAAAGAGUCUCUUCAAAUCAUGUUGUACGCCCAUGCCAUUGCGGGAUCUCCAGAGGCUGCUCGAUUCCUCUCCCCUGAGAACCUAGCAAAGGCCCCAACAACCGCUGCUUCUACUAUGCAGAGAAAGUUGCAGACUUAUCUCAAGUUUAACGAGACUUACCCAGGCUUCGGAGGCUUCUUGCCCUGGGUCACAGCAGAUAUUCAAGAUAUAACUCCUAGAUCAGACUGGGCUAACGCGUGCCUGGACUCGAUAAGGGGCGAUGGCCGGGUUUGUGCCGUUGUUGAAAUGAAAGAUCAGUCCCUUCCUGUCAGCCACUCGGAUCAGACGUAUGUAUGUGAGAGUAAAGACCUCCUCGAUGACCCUUUCGAAGGCGAGAUUUUCACUUUCUGGCUACAAUUCUUCGGCGGUCUGUCGAAAGCCGACAAAGAAACGCUAUGGGAAGUUAAAAAGCCCCAGUCAGUGAGCGUGGACUAUGAGAUGGGUGGUUUUGGGCCUAUCACUAUCCAGAAAGGAUUUUGGUUCUCUAGCCACAAAACCUGGAAAGUAAUGCAGAUGCCAUACUAUGACAUCGACAUUGUGCGUCGCGUAUUUGAGAACGCCGAGCGAGUUCGGACUUGCAACUCAGUCGCCACGAAAUUGCCCGGCAUGUUCCCCUCAAUUAACAACAUCACCGAUCCCUCCACUGGCGAUGUAACCGGCUAUAUCUCAAACGCUGAUAUCUAUGGCAGCACUGAAGCCACUCGUGUUGACGGAACUGGAGUUUCUGUACUUCUCACAUGGGACAGCAAGAUCACCACGGUAGUUGCAACUUUGGGGGGAGUGAAUGGCUUUGUUCGUCAGAAGAUGAAGGCAGAUAACUUAUAUGAUGAGUUUGUGGACAUUAUUGAUGCUGAGUACUCUCGGGUCUUCAAGCAUCUUAAAGGAGAGAAUGUCAACUUCUGCCUACCGCAGGAGACUGACUGUUCCUGA